UUAAUUCUCCACUUGUUUAUCUUGUUUUUUAAUUGUUCCAAUUAUGGAUUUGUUUUAACCGAAGAAGAUUAUUUACCUGCUGAGUUUGAUGAACUUCCUUUGGAUGAAGCUAUUCUUAGAGUUCGAGAAUUGGAGGACGAGAGACCUUCCUCUUCAAAGGAGAAAAAGUCUAAAGAGAAGAGAAAAAGAAACAAAGAUGAUGAUGAUGAUGGCGGUGAUGGAAGUGAUGGUGGUCCUGAUGAUGAUCAAUAUUCGGAUGAUGAUGGUUGGCUUGUUAAUGAUUUAGGUGAUGAUGGUUAUGUGGAUGAUGAUGAGGAAGAUGAACAGGUUGUUUCUGUCAAAGAUGGAGUUAAAGUUUUUGCUGCUGAUGAAGCAGAGGAAGAGGAUGAUGGUGGUGGAAAAAAGAAAAAGAGAAAACCUAAUGAUGAUGAUAAGGAGAAAAAACCACGUCGUCGAGUUAAACCUGGAAUUAGAGUGAUUCUUAAUGUUGACCGAUUGAGAGAUGUCAGAGGAUUAGCUGCUCUACCAGAUAUCCAACGAAAAUUAAGGUUUAAAGGUAAAGGUCACGAGGAAGAAGAUUUAUCAAUGGUUAUGGAAAUGAUGGAGCAAUGGGCUCACCGGUUAAUGCCUAAAAUGAAAUUCGAUGAUUUUAUCAAGAAAACUGAGAUAAUUGGACGUAAAAGGCCCAUUAAAAUGUUCGUUCACAACAUGCGUCAUAAUUUGCCACUAAACACUAUUCGAAAUGGUAAACCUGAUAUAGAUUUUGAACAAUUGGCUCGCGAUAGUGAUGAAUUUGCUUUUGAUGAUGAUCAACCACCGGCCGCUCCGAUCAAUGCUGAAGAUGCAUUCGACGCAAUGAUGAGAGAAGCCGAGAAAGUGGUCAAGCAACGAGCUGCUGCUGCAGCCACUGCCACUUGUAUUUAGAGAAUAAAAUUAUAAUAUUCAUAGUA